AUGAUGGGCUCUGAGAUCUGGACGGUUUCACUCUGUUUUUUCCUGUUGAAUCUAUUAUACUGUUGUAGAGGAACCGAUCCACCUGACCAGUACUACAUAAACUGCGGAUCGUCUUCCGAUUUUUCCGUAGGCAAUAUCACUUACAUCUCCGAUAACUCAGCCUCACGAUUCCUCUCAACCCCACAAAACAUAUUAGCCGACAGCAACUUGAACACCAUAACCCCUUCCGACGACUCCCCUCUUUACCGCACGGCCCGGAUCUUCACCGGGCCCUCCCGAUACACUUUCAACAUCAAUCGGGCCGGGCGCCACUGGAUCCGGCUCCACCUCUUCCCCUUCACCUUCCGAAACUUCAACAUGAGCAACGCCACUUUCUCCGUCUUCUCCCAGCGAACCACGCUUCUCAGCGACUUCACGCCACGAAACGCGGCCGUCCGCGAAUACUCAGUCAACAUCUCCCGCGGGGCCCUCUCCGUGACUUUCUCCCCUUCUGCCGGCUCGUUUGCCUUCAUCAACGCCCUGGAAGUCGUCUCCUUGCCCGACACCCUCAUAACAGACGACGCCUCUCUCUACAGCCCUCCGGGCCCUUUCACCGGGCUUGUGACCCGGGCCUUGGAGACAGUCUCCAGGGUCAACAUGGGCGGCCCGUUAGUCUCUCUGGUCAACGACACAUUGGGCCGGACAUGGGUUCCCGACGGGCCCUUCCUCACCAACUCAAACGUGGCCACGAACGAGUCGAACAUCCCUUCGGUUCGGUACUCGCCAGCUGGCGCGACUCCUGAGACCGCCCCACCAACCGUUUACGGGACGUGCACGAAGAUGGACUCCGCAAGUAAUCCCAACAGCAAUUUCAACGUGACGUGGAGAUUCAAUGUAGAUCCCGGUUUUCAGUACUUCCUCCGGCUUCACUUUUGCGAUAUCGUGAGUACUGCCUCGAAUCAGCUUCUAUUUAACGUCUACAUUGGCUCGUCACUUGUGCUGCUCGAUUUCGAGCUGAGCUCGCGGCCUGGCCCACUGGCGACUCCGUAUUUUGUGGACUACGUGACACCGUUGAUGGACGUGAAUAGCCUGACCUUAAGCAUAGGUCCGUCUCCUAGGAGCGGUUAUCCCGACGCCCUUCUCAAUGGGUUAGAGAUUAUGAAAAUAAGCAAUUCGCGGGACAGUUUAUCUGGGCCGGCCUCUGUUUUACCGAAUCUCGCGGGCAGCUCAUCCAAGAAAACCAGAAUGAUUGUCGGAAUUAGCGUAGGGACUGUAGUAGGUGCUUUAUUAUUAGUGGCAGGAGUCGUGUUUUUCGUGUGUAGAAAAAGGAAACGGGCCAGACGGGCGCAGUCGAAGACGUGGGUCCCGAUAUCGGUCAACGACGGGGUCUCCCACACGGUGGGAAGCAAAUACUCGACGGGGACAACUAUUAACUUGGACUCGAACCUCAGCUACCGAAUCCCGUUCGCGGCCGUUCACGAAGCGACAAACGGGUUCGACGAGAGCUGGAUAAUCGGGGUCGGUGGGUUUGGGAAGGUCUACAAAGGCGUCUUGAACGACGGAAACACGAAAGUGGCCGUUAAAAGAGGAAACCCGCGGUCCCACCAAGGCAUGGCCGAGUUCAGAACCGAAAUCGAGAUGCUCUCGCAAUUCCGCCACCGCCAUUUGGUUUCGUUGAUUGGGUAUUGUGACGAGAAGAACGAGAUGAUUCUCGUUUACGAGUACAUGGAGAAAGGGACGCUCAAGAGCCACUUGUAUGGUUCGGGACUCCCGAGCCUGGGGUGGAAGGAGAGGCUCGAGAUAUGCAUCGGUGCAGCUCGUGGGCUGCACUAUCUCCACACGGGCUACGCGAAAGCUGUCAUCCACCGCGACGUGAAGUCGGCGAAUAUUUUACUCGACGAGAAUUACAUGGCAAAGGUUGCGGAUUUCGGGCUGUCGAAAACCGGGCCCGAGAUCGACCAGACCCACGUGAGCACGGCUGUGAAGGGUAGUUUCGGGUAUUUGGAUCCCGAGUAUUUCAGGAGGCAGCAGCUUACGGAGAAAUCGGACGUUUACUCGUUUGGGGUCGUUUUGUUCGAGGUCCUUUGUGCAAGGCCCGUGAUUGACCCGUCUCUGCCUAGGGAAAUGGUUAACCUUGCUGAGUGGGCGAUGAGGUGGCAGCAGAAGGGACAGCUGGAUCAGAUUAUUGAUUCUUAUCUUGUUGGGAAAGUGAGGGUUGAGUCUCUGAGGAAGUUUGGGGAGACGGCCGAGAAAUGCUUGGCUGAUUUCGGUGUAGAUAGGCCGUCGAUGGGGGACGUGCUGUGGAAUCUCGAGUAUGCGCUUCAGCUUCAGGAGGCGGUGGUUCGUGAUGGUUCGGACGAAAAUGGCUCGAAUGUGAUUGGUCAGCUUUCUCCACGGGUUGGUGAUUGUAAUAAUGAUGAUGAUAAUAAUGAUGGUAAUGCAGAGAACAGCGAUGAGGUUGCGAGAUUUGAGAAUUCAAGUACGAGUGUGGACGAUCUUUCGUCUAUGAGUAGGGUCUUCUCGCAGUUGGUGAAAUCGGAGGGUAGAUGA